AUAUUCUGUGUCCACUUACUAAGGCACUAAGACACAUACACACACACACACACACAGAUAAUUAGAAAGAGAGACAGAGAGAGCACUAUGCAUGCAUCACCACACACAUAAAUUUACAUAAAUUUAUGCAUAUAUUUCUCAAAGGUGAUACCACAGUGAUGGCGCAGAUGGAACAACUGUCCCAGACGCAGAAAACACAAAAUAUGGAACUAAAUCAUGCUGUGCGUGAGGUCGCGUCCGGCGUGCGGCGCUUCUCGGAGGUCUUCUCGCCCCUGCUGCGGGAAGGCGGCGGCGGCGGUGAGGCUGAGGUCGGUCCCUUGGUGCGAGGAAGCUCUCAAGGGAUUUAUUGACGCUCUUGUACGGGAACUACUGGAAAAUAUAAAAGCGCAGGAAAGCCAGAUGCAGGACCUGCGUCGGAAGUGGAAUCGGACAGCCGCCACCACACAGCAGCUUGAGGACGACGACCAGACUCUUCAGCUUGAGAUCGACCUCAGCCUCAAGGAGAUUCAGCAAAGGAGGAAUGCGAUCGAGCAAGUGAAGCUUAAUAUCCAGGAAACGAAUGAAGAGAAUCAGCAGCUCUUAGCCAAAGCCAAUGCCACGGCAGUCGAAACAUUUUCCCGUCGAAGCAGAAUGCAAGCACUGAAGGGCCAGGUGACGCAGCUGAAAGCACUCUACGCUCAAAAGCAGUCGGCCAAGAUCCAGUUAGAACAGCAGGUCACAGAGUUGGAGAGCAGCAAGAGUGAAAUCCAGCAGGAAAUAGCUCUGCUCGAAAAUAGAAUUAAGAGUCUCAACAAUGUUAUAGUCGUACCUAAUGAUGAGAAAACAAGCCUACAAAAAUCGAACAUACGGUUAAAGGAAAAUAUAAAGAAGAGACAGGCAGAAAACAUCGAGCUCCAAAUAGCAACUGCUCAAUUGAAUGGCAUCCUAAGUCACCUAGUAACUGACAUCGAACUGCAGAGCAACCAAAAGGAGAACAUCGAAGAAGAAUUAAAGGGACUUCAAGAUUCGGUGAACUCUCUAAGGAACAAGAAAGAUCAGCAACAAGAACUCUUAGUGGCGACAGAAAGGGAACGAAUGAACGAGUGUUUUUAGUGAAUAUUAUCUGAAAUAUUUUCGGUGCAUACCUAAUCCACAAUCAAUAUGUGAAGAUGCAAUUUUUCAGAUCUUAAAGAGGGCACUUUCUAUGUGCAAAAUCCCAGCUACGGAUCGUCGCAAUUAUAUACUAUUCAGCUUCCAGUUCAGAAUUCUAAACAGCAAAGGACUUUUCAAUCUCCAAGAGUGUCUCAAGGCCUUUUUCUCCUCCCAACAGAGAUUCGCAGCUGCACAAACAUCAGCGAAGCUUUGCAAACAAAGGCCAUCCUGAACGAGAACCAAAUCCGGGAACAACAAGAAGUGAACGCCCAGCUGGAAGCAAAGCACAAGCAGAUGGAGGAGAAAAUCCGGCUGGCA